GACGACCGUUUGCCACGCUUCCGAAUAAUUAUUUGCAAUCUAGUUAAUUAAAAAAUAGAGAUUAUAUAUUUUCUAUUUAUAGCGAAAUGACAACUUUAAGAGCACGGUUAAACAGUUAAAUAGUUACGUUUACGUUAAUAUUUUUCUACUGUUUUGCGUCUUAAUAGGUUUAUUGCGGUUGACAUGUUGCCAAAUAACAUGUUUAACAACCGAAAUUUUAUGCGUCACGUUCUUCCCGAACAGAUUUAUACGCAUUUCGCAUUAUGGGUUGAAGUGUAAGUUGGAUUCACUUUCCUUCAUCGAUGUUGCAAGCACGUUACUAUCAAGGACUGGCUGCUCACUGAUAUACUGUAGAGAACAUUGUAGAGAAGAAUAUGGACCAAAUCAUUGAUAUAGACGAUGUCGAGACUGAGAUGCGCUCUUCCAAGAGUUCGGGGGUACUCUUUGGUUGUAUCAGCUCGAACUCGAUAUGCUACGUCGUGAUUACAAUCGCAACUCUAGCCUUCCUCGGCACCAUUGUCUUCAUCUGCAGGGACUACAUAAAGCUGCUGCUCUACUGGAUCGAGCAUCAGAAUGCUUGGAUCAUCGCCGUGAUCUUCAUAAGUCUGUUCACGGUGGUGUCGUUUCCGAUCGUGAUUGGCUAUCUGUUCCUCAUUGUCGCCAGUGGCUACCUGUUCGGCGUGAUACGCGGCAUGGCAAUUGUCAUACUCUCCGCUAAUCUCGGCAUAGCGAUUGCCCAUGUCACCCUGGGCCUGCUGUCCACCAGGCUACCUAUUGGUGCCCUUCUGCAGAGCGAUACUGCAAGAGCGAUACUACGCGUGAUAUCCGGGUCCCAGGCUUUCAAGAUCGUCCUGUUCGCGCGACUCACUCCGAUCCCGUUCGGUCUUCAGAACACUAUUUUUGCAGUCAGUAACAUAGGUGGUUUUCAUUACCACGUAGCCAGUGCGAUAGGUUUAUUGCCUGCCCAACUGGUCAACGUUUAUCUAGGCAGCAGUCUGAGGUCGAUGCAGGAUGUAUUGGAGGAUAGAUCCACGGCGGCGACUGGCUACGUAGUAUUUUGCUUCCAGAUAUUAGUAGGAGUCUCGCUGAUGGUUUAUAUUGUACAGAAAGCACGAAAGGAGCUUCAGUUGACGUUGUUCGAGGCUGAUCUCGCGUCCAUGGCGAAUUCUCCUCAUUACAUUCUGGACGGUCUACCAGACUCCAAGAUAAUUUUAACGAAUCUAAUUGCGUAAUUUUUUUUUAAUGAACGUUACAAGCAUUUUUGACAAUUCUUUUAUUACGAGCAACAGCUCCGAUUUCUUUCUCCAGUUAUUAUAUUUCUAACGUUAUUAUUCUGUGUAUCUUCCAGAAGUGAUUUUAUUAAGACUUAUUGAUGAUGUGCUUUCGAAAAUUUAGACUUUUGAAUGUGACAUUAUGCAGAAAUCUGUUAUCGAAGAUAAUACGUAUUAAGUCUUACCAAAGCUAACGUGAUUUUAGUACCAAACAAAGCUCAUAGAGCAUGCGACGCGUGCAUGUAUAUUUUGUCUAAACAAAUGGAUGGAACGAGGAGUUGACACGGAACUGCAAAUCCAAUGUAUAAAGCUUCCUUGCAAUAAGAGCAUACUAAUUUAUAUAUU